UGUUUCUUUUGAUCUUUUAGAUAUGUUUUGUGUAUCAUACCACCUUUUUUUCUACUACCUCCCAAAAAGAGAGAGGGAAAGAGAGGAGAGAGACAUAGUAAAUAGAACACUUGAGAAACCAAAUACAAAAAGGGUAUUAGGAAAUGUCCUCCUUAACAGAAAUACACACCAAUUCAUCAUUAAAGAAGAAGCCUCUAAAUUUAACUUUUUAAAAGAGUCAUCCACACACAUGUAUAGGUUAAAGUAACCUAUCUAGUACUAGUUGGCCUCAUUUGGUUCCGUCCCAAAAAAGUCCCAGAGCACAUUAAGUAUGACAAGUUUCAGUCCCAAAGACACAAUGCCUUAUACCAUUCCAAUUCAGAUGGGUCACUGCAACCACUUGGCUUCUAUGAGAAACAAAUGGUGUUCUUGGUUCUGCAGGAUAUGGAUCAUGGGGCUGCUAAUAUUUGCGAAUGUAACAUCUGAGGAUCAAAUUGGAGCUCCCUCAUCCGGUUCACUAUGUAUCAGUGAUUGUGCCACAUGUCCUGUCAUAUGUUCACCACCACCUCCUCUGCUAGAGUCAUUUCCACCACCAUUACCUCCAGUGCACCACUCACCACCCAAGUCCUACUACUCCAACCCUCCUCCACCACCAUCACUGCCAUCAUCACCACCAGCAUCACCGCCAAAGUCUUCCUCAUACCCUUCAUGGGGAACUCCUCCACCUCCCUUCAAGUACUACAACAAUAUGCCUCCUUCAGGUAGGAUGCCACCUAUGGCAGGACCCAAUGAUUACCCCUAUCCUUACUACUACUUUUAUGCCUCCAAGGCAGCUUCUUCCCUUCCACUUGAUGCUUCUUUUUACUUUAUGUUACUAUUUUUCUUUCAUUGUGUCUUUUAUUUUUGGUGAGUGUUGCAAGGUCCCAAGUUGUUCUAUGGGAAAAUCUAGCUGAUAAAUUUGAAGGAGCCAUUGUACUUAAGUUUAUUUGCUUCCUUUUGUUAUAUUUAGAGAUAAACUUUUUUUUUUGAAUGGUUUAAGAUGUAUUUAUUUGAUUUGUAUAGUGUGUUUGUUGUGAGAAAAUAAAGUACAAGCAUGCAU